AUGCGAACCAUCAUCUUCCAAUCUGACAUGCGAGCUAACGACCCCGUCGGAGGUUGCUACAGAUACAUUCAAGAGCUUCAAGCUCAGAUCAAAUACCACCAGGCCGAGCUUGAGCUUGUUCUUCAACAGCUCGCUCUUUAUCGAUCCCAACCUCACCUUCAUCAUCAUGAUCACUUAAAUCUUUAUAAUAACAACCCUAUUGCACCAGUAGUACCUCAUCCCACUCAUUAUCAAUACCUUCAACAAGAACCGCCGUACAUGAUGGUUCAUCCGCAGGAACAACAUCAUCAGAUUCAGAAUAGUGAUGUAUGUUUGCAGGAGGAUGUUAGUGGUUGUUGGGGAGUGCAGGAUUCUGGGUGCCUGUCGUCUUUAUCGUUACAGAACAAGAAUAUGUCGGGGACGAUAUGA